AUGAUCAGGACAUUUCGCAAUGAGAAUGCUGGUAUUCUGCCAAUCUUACUCGACUUGGAUGGGAAAGAUCGCCUUUCCGCGGACGCUACCUCAGAUCUCAUCUGCAGAGUCUUCAAGGCGUCUUGGGGCGCUGAAGCCUCUGGGAGAGAAGUGGAGAGGGAGUUCAUGGAGAGACAUGGCCAGAUGUUCAUUCCGCGAGUUAUCGAAGAUAACGAUGCCAGUCGUUGGGCUGUCCGACAAGGCAGAAAGGGAGAUCCCGAGCUACAACCGUUCAAUCAGGUAGACCGACCCUUAAGCCUGACGAUUGAAUCACCAGGGCUUCUAGAUACGCUUUAUUUCGAAGACGACAAGAGUGCCACGACCUCCCUGUUGGAUGACUUCGUUGAGAUCAAAGUCGAAGCAACCGGCGUCAACUUCCGAGACGUAAUGUAUGCGGUGGGCCAGAUCUCCUCGGAGCAUUUUGGAGGCGAAUGCAGUGGUACAAUUGCCGCCAUGGGACGUUCUGUCUCGGGCUUUGAGAUAGGGGAUCGAGUAUGCGCUUUGUCAAGUGGUGGAUACGGUACCUUCGCCAGGUGCUCAUCUCAUCUGGUGGCCAAAAUCCCAGAUGCUGUAUCUUUUGUCUCGGCGGCGGCGAUCCCCGUGAUUUUCUCGACUGCUUACUACGGUCUUGUGAACACUGCCCGUCUGUCCUCUGGCGAAACCAUCCUGAUCCACGCCGCAGCCGGAGGAGUCGGCCAAGCGGCUAUCAGGCUCUGUCAGAUGAUCGGGGCGGACAUUUUUGCCACGGUCGGUAGCGCAGAGAAAAAGAAUUUCCUCAUGGCCGCGUACAACAUACCCGAGGAUCAUAUAUUCAAUUCCAGGGAUACUUCUUUUGAGGCAUCUCUGAAGCAUAGGACUUCUGGGAAUGGCGUUGACGUGGUGCUGAAUUCCCUAGCUGGAGAAAUGCUCAAAGCUUCUCUGAACUGCCUUGCUCCCUUUGGCCGAUUCAUCGAGAUCGGGAAGAAAGACUUGAUCGUCAACACAAGGGUCGAAAUGACCAAAUUCACUAACAACAUCACCUAUGCUACUGUUGAUCUGCUUCUCCUGCAAGCCAAGAAGCCUCAACUGACGGGUACAGUUCUGUCGGAGGUCACAAGUCUCGUUUUCAACGGGCGCAUAGAAAACAUCGCCGCAAUUAAUGCAUUUCCUGUUUCCCAAAUUGAGGCAGCUUUCCGUCUCAUGCAAAGCGGGAAGUCGAUGGGUAAGAUCGUCGUUGAGCCGCGAGAGGGAGACCACGUCAAGGCCGCUCUUCCAAAACUGGGUCACUCCUCGUUACGUCGAGAUGCUAGUUACCUCAUCACAGGUGGUACAGGCGGCAUAGGCCAGGCUAUGACAAAAUGGCUGGUUGGGCAAGGAGCCAAAAACAUCAUUCUUGCUUCCCGCAGUGGGCUCGACAACCAAGAUAUCCGGGACCUAGUCAAUGAGUUGGAGGGCCUUGGAGCCAGGAUCGCCGUACUAAAAUGCGACGUAUCCAACAGGAGCAGUGUUGAGAGAUUCGCGAAACAAUGUUCAGCACUCAUGCCACCAAUCAAAGGUGUAAUACAUGGCUCUGCAGUAUUCCAAAACGCCUUAUUCGAACAGGCAACUCACGAAGACUGGACCAAAGUGCUCGCGCCCAAGGUCGAAGGUGCAUGGAAUCUCCACCACACCUUUACCAACCUAGACUUCUUCCUCAUGCUCGGCUCCGUCGCCUCCCUACUCGGCAACCACGGGCAUUCCGCCUAUGGCGCCACCUCCACCUUCCUCGACGCCUUCGCCCAAUACCGCAUCGCCCAGAACCUGCCCGCCGCGACCCUUGGCCUCGGCCCUGUUCGGGGCGCCGGCUAUUUCGCCAAAGAUUUCGACGCCCGCGCCUGGCACGUCGAUAAGCACAUGGGCCUGCAGUGGCUCGACGAGGAUGAAGUCUUCGCCUACAUUUCCGCGGCAAUCCGAACGCAGACCGCCGGCCCAGGCAAAACGCGCAACUACCAAUGGAUCACGGGGCUGCGGCCCCAUGACGACAUGAAGGAAGAGCCCUUCUGGAUGAGCGAUUCAAAAUUCUCCCACCUGCGCCUGGCAUAUCACGCGUCGCGUGGUUCGCAUUCUGGGACCGGGCAGAAGGCCGGAUCGCUCAGCCAGCAGCUUGAGAAAGCACCGUCAUUUGAAGAAGCGCGGAAGCUGGUUUACGAUACGCUGGCGGUCAAGAUUGCCGAUGUGCUCAUGAAGCCCGUGGAGGAUGUGAGCCCGAGUCAGCCCAUGGCGAGCUAUGGUUUGGAUUCCUUGGUUGCGGUCGAGAUUCGCAAUUGGAUUGCGCGGACGAUGGAGGUCAAGGUUUCGAUGUUCGAUCUCAUAUCGGGAAAUUCGCUGGAGAUAUUGGCGGUUGUGAUUGUGCUGAAGUCGAAGGUGGUUAGCAAGGCGAUCAAGAACGAGCACAAGGAAGGGUGA